AUGAUUCGUCCUGAAUUGCAUUCCUACUUGUUUAUGAUAGAAUGUGUAGCAGUUAACAUAAAACGUUUAGAAGUACCUUCGCUAGUGAAGACGGGAACUGAAUCAGUAGUGUUGGACUGCGAGUACAAUACCAGUUCGGUUUCGGGUCCCGGACUUGUUAUGAAGUGGUUCUUCAACGGUUCUUCGGGUCUGGUGUAUCAGUGGAUUCCACCGAUGCAACCGCAAGUUAUCGGCUUAUUAAAAGGAAAGGUUGAUAUGAGCUUUAAGAUAUCCGAUGAGCCAUUACAGGCGUACAGAGCUAUAAAAAUACUAAGACCCACUACGGACCUGAGUGGAAACUAUACGUGUGUCGUAUCAACUUUUAUGGAGGAAGACAGGCAAACAAGGUCCAUGCUUGUUUACACCACAGGAAAAAGCUUUUAUUUCAUUCAGGAGAAGAGAUAUGUGUUCCUAGUGACCCUCAUAUGUGUCGCCGAAGAUCUGUAUCCGAAGCCGGUGAUGAUAAUAUCCGCGCGGGGAACCCCCUUAAACCAAGCAGUAACAGUAAUGAGUAUGAACUCCUGGGGCUUAUAUACGGUGGAGACAAAAGCCGUGGUGCACGACGAUGACGUCAUCAGCCCUUGGGAAGAGUUCCUGUGUACGCUCAGUUUGCCCCCGGCCAACUAUACGGAAAACAGAACUACUGUAUAUUAUCCCGGGUUAAUGCCGACAGCUCAUAUUGCGGCCAUUGAGACGGAGAAAUCACAACAACGGCACACCAAUAAUAGUCCAAUCACACCAGCUUGUAACACGUUCGCGUUAUACAUCCUAGUGUUAUUCAUAAAGUAA